AUGUAUGAAUCUGCAGAAUUUUCGUAUAGAGACUUUACGGAAGCUUUGGAUUUAGAAGAUCGAUUUGAUACAGAUACCCUUCUGUUUACUCAUGAAAUAAUAGAAAAUGGAACGGAAAGUAUUGGAAAAAAUUGUGUACCUAUAUCUGAAGGGAUAACAUCCCCUGUUAAAAACAAUUUACUUUUAAGUUGUAACGAUUCAGGGCAGCAUUUUUCUAUUGGAACUGAAUCCACAACUGAACUAAAUGCUCAGAGUUGCCAAAGUGACAACAAUAUUACUAGUAUCAUACCAAUUCAUACUUCCUUUUAUGAUGAAUCAACAUUAUUAGAUGAAAAUAUAGUAGACCAGUUUCUGAUACCAACACCAACAUCUUCAAAUUCAAAUGAGGAUGACAAGAAUAACGGUCCAGAUAUUUUAGCGCUUUUUUCAUGUGUAAUCUGUCAUGAUAUAUUUACGACAGACGCUGAUCUUUUAGAUCAUACUAUUCUAAUGCAUGCUUCAAUUAAUUUGUCCGAUUCUGAAACCGGUACUACUUGUACAAACUCCGAACUGCAAGAUACCAGCAGCAUCACGAAUUUUGACGCGGAAUGGCUAGUAUGUUGCAUUUGUGAACGUGUAUUAUCGAUGGCAUUAGAAAUCGAACCCAAUGAACAAUUGUGCUGUCUUGACGCUUUUGGCAAAGGGUGCGUCGGAUCACGAAAACUUGACGCCAUGUUUGUGUGCGAUGUGUGUAACUAUUUGUUCGCUGACGGAGAAGCACUUGAUCGACAUAAACUCACUUGUACACGUAAAAAUGAAUUGAACGAACAAACACCUAACGAAAAGAUGGACAUGUCCUGUACGUAUUGCAGGCAGGAGUUUCCCAGUGAAAUCGAAUUGAGGAACCACGAAGAUAGCCAUCGAGAAACACGUCCUCAUCGCACGUAUAAACGUAGUUCCGACAGUAAAAUGUGGAAUUGCGGGUCUUGUAAUCAACUUUUUGCUACUGCAAGGGAGCUUUACCGUCACAAGAGGGGAGAAGACCGACCCCCAGGGACUCCAUUAAUGGCUUACGUUUGUGAAGAAUGCGAUAAGGUUUUGGGCAGCAUGUGCGCUCUGCAUACCCACAAGAAAAUGCAUAAAGUUACCAAACCAGUGAGUUAAUUACCUGUGUCAAGUAGA